AUUUGCUUUAGAAAUUACAAUUGUGCUGUAAAGAAAGACUGGUGAGUUGGUGGUGAACAUUUACAGGGCAGGAUGUCCUUGGCCUUCCUCGUUUCCGUUUUAUUAUCAGACUCGCACAGCUAUCACUGCUCUGAGUGCGUGCUAGCAAUCCCAGUCCCGGGUGUGGAUCUUGCAGACAGCUGCCAGCGCAAGAGGGAAAAAAAACUCUUCAAUUGUCUCUGCAGUUUUUGACGAAGAACGAAAGAACUAAUUUGACUUUGCUCUCGAUCUACACUUGGUGUUCGUUCGCUAACAACCAGUUGCAUCAAAGAAGAAAAUGUUUGUCGUCUUCCAUCUACAAGUUCUGUUUGUGUUGACCCCGUUCGCUGCAUGCCAGGGCCACAGAGUUCCAGCAUCCAAUCCUGAGAUUUCUGCACAAAUUGGCUUUAAGAUGGAAAAAUCAAUUAUCACAACUAUUUUCUGUUUGUCACCAAAAGGAAGUUUACCAAUAAACUACACGUUGUAUCGAGACACAACGUUGGUGAUGACCUAUGUUGCAGAGAGUCGGCGUAAAGCGGAAUUUAUUGUGAAUCUAUCUUUCAGUGAAUUACUGGACAUUCUUAAAUGUAAAGCAGAUAAUGGAUUUGGUCCAAAGUACAGCAGAGGGCUGAUUAUAGAUUUGUCUGUUAACUUGACCUCAAAGCCAGAUCCUCCUAUUCUGGGCCAGCAGCUGGCAUUGUCUUGCGCUGUAACUUACGAAACUCAAGAACACUACAAGUGGUAUUUUGUUUACCCAGCAAAGAAUACAACUGAAGUCACACAGCAGAACCAGUACAUUAUUAAAUCCGCAAACGUAGGGAUAUAUUACUGCUCUGUAUAUGGUUAUUUUAGCAACAGGAUUGAAGUACUAGCGCAAGAUUUGUCCGUUAACCUGACGUCAAAGCCAGAUCCUCCCAUUGUGGGCCAGCAGCUGGCACUGUAUUGCACUGUAACCUACGACACGAAAGAAAGCUACACGUGGUAUUUUGUGUACCCAACAAAGAACAUGACCAAAGACACAGAGCAGAACCAAUUCAUUAUUGAAGCCGCCAACUCAGGGAUAUAUUACUGCUCUGUACACGGUCAUUUUAGCAACAGGAUUGAAGUACCAGAGCAAGAUUCCAGUUUCCAGCCAGUGGUGGUGGGUGUCAGUGUAGGAGCCAUUCUGCUACUCAUUUUGAUUAUUGGGUUGAUCUGUUAUUGUAGUGCAACUAAAGCCCACAGACUCAAUAUUGGAUAAUUCAUGUGACAUGCAUCUGUCAAUGAGGUCCUGCUUCAUUAUCCUCAAGCAAAGGACAUUUGAUCCAGGAAAUUCUAUACAACCAUCAUGACCAACGCCUCAUGUUAUUGCCAAACAGUACGGGUUAUGUUAGAGCAGCACACAGGUCUUUGAUGUUACUUCGCCCUCACCAUGGGGUCCGUCUGCUAUUUUAUGUUCUACGACGAUGUCGGCUUGAAAUGGCAGUAAAGUCAAACCCAAGUAUCAGUCAAGGCUGGGGUGCAUCCUCACCUGAUACGACAACGCCAGCCAACCCUGCAAGACUGAAGCUACCCGGAUACUGGAGAAAUCAGAUUAAUGUUACUGACUACGAUGACUGUAGUUUCAGAUUUUGAACUUCCAAGAUUCAGGUAUAAAGGAUGUGAUGUGAUGCCAUUCUUCCAGCUGUGUCCACAUAUUCCAAAGGAAGAUCAAGGUAUCUCAGUCUGCUUGCAAAAAAUAUUUGUGGAUGCUGUUUCACAAAUACAAAUCAUGUUGAGUUAAAGAGAUCGGUGAAAUAAAUCAAUGUAAUAUCCCCAGAGCUCCAAACCUAUUCACAAAAUGAGUCCAGCACCAGUUUUAACCUAUUCCCUAUAUUUUGCAUAUGAUACAAAUAUUUAGACUGCAGGCAAAGAUUGGAACCUUACAAUAAAUUUGUUAAAGAAACACAGCGUUAACACAAUGAAUGUUAUCUAUUUUACAUUGAAACAUUUUGGCAGGUAGAAUGAGCUGAGUGCCCUCCUUUUAUACUUUUAUCAUUUUUGGAUUCAGAAAUGGACAUUCAUUUUAUUUGGCCCAGAAAAAAA